UUAAUUAUGUCAGAAAACAAUAUCGACAAUAUUAAAUGCCCAAUUUCAGAACAUGCCUAUGAUAUCAAAUUAGUAUGUUUCAACGAGUCUUGUAAGGCAAAUAGAUUAUAUUGUAUUUAAUGUAUCAGAGAUGGUAUUCAUGUCUCUCAUCCUUAAAAUUAAUAAGAGGUUCCAUUAUUAUUUGAAUUUAUUGGGAAAAUUGGAGAAGAAUGUGAUGAUUGGAUUACCAAUUUAAAUCAACAAAUGAAUGUUGCGUCUUAAUAAUUCUAAUUAUUGAUUGAAGGAAUUAGAUCUAAAUAUCAGAAAUCUAAAUAAUAAUUCCUGAAUUUAAAUCCAAAAUAGAUGAAUUCCUUUUUUGACGAAACUAUCCAAUUCUAAUCCUUCUAAUACAAAACCUAAGACAAAAUCUAAUAAUCAAUCAAAGAAUUUUAAGAUUAAAUGGACAACUUAAUAUCUGGUUUAAAACUAUCCGAAUUAAAUUAUUACAUAUCUAAUUCAGAUCUUAAAAAGACAGAAGAAUUAUAUUAAAAAGGUAAUAAACCAAUUAAGUUAGGCCAUAAAUUAUAUUGGAUGGACGAUAACUAUGAAGAGGCGAUAAAACUUUUUGAUUAAGCAUUAAUUGUUAAUUCAACACAUAAAUUAUCUUUAUGGUGUAAAGGUAUAAAUAUUAUUCAAUUUGUUAGCCAACUGUUUAAGGAUGCUUGGUUAGUUUAAAGAAGCAAUAAACUGGGCAGAUAAAGCGUUGGAAGUAGAUCCAAAGCAUUGUAAUUCAUUAUAAUGCAAAGGUAUGAAUAUUGUUGAUAAGAAGGUAGCGCAUUAACAUAAUUGAAAAUGUUUAAAGAUGCUAAUUAAGUGAUUGAUUUAUCUUUAUCAAUCAAUCCAAAUCAUUUUGAUUCAUUAUGGUCGAAAGGUUGAUGUAUUUUAUAUCGAAUAGGUUGUUGUUUACAACAAUAAAAUUUAUUUUAAGAAGCCUUAAUAUUUUAUGAAAAAGCUUUAAAGAUUAUUCCGAAUGAUAAAUGGACAAUUAACAGAAGAGGUAACAUAUUUAUAACAACUUAGAUGAUUGUUUAAAAGCAUUAAAUCAAAAAUGAAAAUAGCAC